GAUCCAUUCAUGGAAAUGGGAGCGAUCGGUGCUUUAUCACUGUGUGUGGAAACACCUAGAGCCGUGUUUGGUGUGCCCCUCAUUAGUCUGAGGAAGAGUGGACAGAUGAGGCAGGGUCUUCCUCUGGCGCUCACACACAUGGUGGAGUUUGUGGAGAAGCACGGUCUCAGCAAGAUCGGCCUGUUCAUAGUCGGCGGAUCAGUACAACGCUGCAGGGACCUAAAGAAAGGUUUCGAUGAUGGAGGCUUUCCAGAGCGUGACAGUAGGGAUGUAGAUACUUGGGCCUCCUUACUGAAACAUUUCCUCAAGGAAAUACCUGGUGGACUUAUCCCGGAGCCACACAAGACACAACUGCUGCAGGUGUUCAGGGAUUCAAAAAAAGAAGAGCUGAAUCAGGCUUUGAGGACUGUGCUGAAGACUCUUCCAGAGGAACAUUUCAAUGUCCUCUGUUAUCUAAUGUACUUCCUGUCCCGUGUUGCCGCUGAGAGUCAUUUCAAUCGAAUGACAUCUACAAAGCUGGCAAGCGUUUUUGGAUCCAACAUCUUUCACGUUCCUUUCAGCCCCACCAUGUUUAAGGAACAGGGGCAGUGUAAUGCUUUGAUUAAGCACCUGCUGGACAAUCUGAUCCACCUGCUGCCAGACAUGUAUCUUCAUGCAUCCGCCAGCAACACAGCAAUUAAAGGUUACCAAAACUGGACGACUUGGGCGAAUGAGAAAACGAUUCAGAGGUUUUUGGAGGAAUUUGUGCUCAUGCACUCACAGCAGUGACAUAGAGCAUGAAAAAGCCUCUGGAGACCAGAUAUAGAAGAGUAAAGAAACAUGAGGGAUGGC